AUGACGGAGUACACUGAUUAUGAAUAUACCGUCUCUCCUCGCCGGCAGUCAAGUACCACUCCUCUUACUGUCAAGCUAACGUGCACCGAAGUCCGCCGCAGAAAAAUCCGCUACCGCAACGGUGUAACAACCUCGUCACCGUCUCUUCCCGACAAAAGCACCGUCCAACAGUCCGGUUUUAUCCGCUUACAAAAAUCCAACGUCCCUGUUGAACUUGCUCCUGGUCCUAACGAAACAACCGUUACGUCCAGCUCAAGCGAACCAACUACUAAAUACUCUCUAGACUGCGCUAAGAUUAUUUUGCAAAUCUUGCGCCGAUUCGGCAUUACCAAAUAUGGUAGCACCAUUAUCUUGUCUGAGAUCGACACAGCUAUUACAUCGUCAUCGUCAUGGGGAGACAGAGGAGUGAUUGAAGUCAAGAUUUGGAAGAUCAUAACCAAAGUUUGUAGAAUCUACGGUAUGACUAUAGAGGAAUACUGCUCCAAACCGACGUUGGAGGAGGAGAAUGAUAAUGAAUGUGUGAUUUGCCUGGAGGAAUUCAAACAAGGAGAAGUGGUGUCUACGUUGAUUUGUGAACAUCGUUUUCAUGCACAUUGCAUAACUAAGUGGAAGAAGAUCAGUCAUCAAUGUCCCUUGUGUCGAAUUCGCUUCCACUAG